UGGGGAAAAUGGUUUAAAGAGCUGACCUCAGUAUACGAAUGAGAAAGAGACCUUUUCACUCUCUCCGAGGAAAGGCCAUUCGGAUUCUCACUUCCUCUUGACCUUCCCGCUCCUCUCUGGCUGCAACCCUAAGUGGAGCCUGUUGAAGCGGUGAAUGAAGGGACAUGGCCUGUUCAGUAGCUGCAUGUUUGUCCGGCAUAAUCUGAAGGGAAGAAGACAAGGGUUAAGGUUGAUUUAGUGUGGGAAUUUGUGGAGACUGAAGAUUUGGGGAUUUGAGGUUGAGGGUUGUGCUUUUGCUGUUGAAAGGAUUGGUACAAUGCAAGGAGGUUCAGGACUGAACUCUGUCCCUCCUGCAUCCAUUGAUAAGACUAGGGUUUUGGAUGUGAAGCCUCUCAGAAGCUUGAAGCCCAUAUGGCCAUCACCCGACCAAGCCCCGAACUACGUUCAAGCUCCCCCGAGCGGCCCAUUUCCUGCUGGGUAUUCGCCGUUUUACCCCUUUGCAUCCCCGCCGCCAGCUUCACAGCCUCCAGCUGCUCCAACUCCUCUUCGGUCCUUUAGGACACCCGAGCCCUCGACUGCGGUGCCCAAUGGAGACGUUGAGUCUUCAAUGGAUGCAUCAAGGGGUUCGGAUAGUCGGAAACGUUCUGGCCGCCCUCUAAGAUCCGCUCAGAAAAUGACAUCUGCAGAGAGGAGGAGCAGGGCAUUGGAGAUACCCGUUAAUCACAACUUCGUUUCUCCAAUCAGUUUGGUGCAGCGAGAGGACGGUAACAGAGAAGUGGUUGAUCUCGUCAUGAUAGCCUUUGAUGGGCUCCGGAGGCGGCUUAGCCAAUUGGAAGACUCCGGUAUGACCCCAAGUGGGCUUGCCAAGCGGGCAGACCUGAAAGCCGGCAACAUGUUGAUGACCAAAAUGUUCCGAACAAACCAGAGGAGGAGAGUUGGAACGGUCCCUGGUGUUGAAGUUGGUGAUAUUUUCUUCUUCCGGAUGGAGCUUUGUGUUUUGGGACUGCAUGCCCCGUCCAUGGCGGGUAUUGACUACUUGAAUGUCAAGGGAGAAUCUGACGAAGACCCCGUGGCCUUAAGCAUUGUUUCAUCAGGAUAUUAUGAUGAUGAUGCUGGGGAUGAGAAUGUCUUGAUUUAUAGUGGUCAGGGUGGGGGGGCGAAUAUGGUCGAAAAGCAGGCCUCCGAUCAGAAGCUCGAGAGGGGCAACCUUGCUCUGGAGAGGAGUCUGCGCCGAGGAAAUGAAGUCAGAGUCAUUCGUGGAAUGAGAGACGGGGUCAACCUAAACUCUAAGGUCUAUGUGUAUGAUGGACUCUAUACAAUACAAGAAUCAUGGAUGCAGAAGGGAAAGUCCGGUGCUAAUAUCUUCAAGUACAAGUUAGUUAGGGUUCCUGGGCAGUCUCCAGCUUUUGGUAUAUGGAAAUCGAUUGAGAAGUGGAAAGAAGGGGUGUCCACUCGUGCUGGUCUCAUAAAUCCAGACCUCACUUCAGGGGCCGAGGGCACCCCUGUAACUCUCGUGAAUGAUGUUGACAAUGAGAAGGCACCUGGUUAUUUCACCUACUUCCCAUCUCUUAGGUACUUUAAGCCCUACAAUGCGCUUAGUUCCUCUAGUUGCAAGUGCCAAAGUUCAUGCAAUCCUGGGGACCUCAACUGCUCCUGCAAUCAGACAAACAAGGGCGACUUCGCUUACAUUGGAAAUGGGAUCCUUGUGAGUAGGAAGCCGAUGCUGUACGAGUGUGGGCCGUCCUGUCAGUGCUUCCCCGGCUGCAAGAACCGGGUCUCCCAGUCCGGUCUGAAGCUCCGUCUCGAAGUGUUCAAGACCAAGGACCGAGGAUGGGGUCUCCGUUCUUGGGAUCCCAUUCGAGCGGGCACUUUUAUAUGUGAGUACGCCGGCGAAGUCAUAGACAAAGCUAGAUUAAAACAGAGGCUGCAAGAAGGUGAGAAGGAUGAUUAUGUUUUUGAUACAAGCCGAGUUUAUCAGCCUUUCAAGUGGAAUGAUCCCGGGUUGCUUGAGAGGGACAGCUCUGAUGACCCCUCCGCAGAAGAGGUUUACAACAUCCCUUCGCCCUUAGUUAUUUCUGCCAAGAGUUUCGGGAACGUGGCACGAUUUAUGAACCACAGCUGCUAUCCCAAUGUUUUCUGGCAACCCAUUAUUUAUGAAGACAACAGUCAGUCGUAUAUGCAUAUUGCCUUCUUCACUCUGAGGCAUAUUCCUCCAAUGACAGAGUUGACCUAUGAUUAUGGAGUUGUGACCAAUGAGGGUGAUGUUAGUAGUAAUUUGAGGAAGAGGAAAUGUUUGUGUGGGUCUUCAAAGUGCCGAGGUUUCUUUGGUUUGUAGUCUACCAGGUAUGUGGGUAAGGUUGUGGAGAAUAAUAGCACUGGCAAGUCGUCCUUUAACUAAAAGGGAGCUCAGGUUUUGGAAGAUGUCGUGUCGAGCAGUACAGUGAGCUCAACUUGAUAAGAGAUGCUGUUGAAGAUUUUACUCUUGUGGGAGGUACAACCUGCAGCAGCUUCUACAAGAGUAGUCCCUCUUUUCCCCCUCUUUUUAAACUCGUGUUAUGGUUACUUAAGAUGGCGCCUGUAAAUUAACCGGGUUGGAACGAAUCUCGGUUGUUUUGUUUUAGGAUGUUUAUUAGGACUACUCAGUGUAUGUUAGUUCAGCUAGUCGUGUAGCAGCUUCUACAAGAGUAGUCCCUCUUUUUCCCCCUCUUUUUAAACUCGUGUUAUGGUUACUUAAGAUGGCGCCUGUAAAUUAACCGGGUUGGAACGAAUCUCGGUUGUUUUGUUUUAGGAUGUUUAUUAGGACUACUCGGUGUAUGUUAGUUCAGCUAGUCGUGUAGCAGCUUCUACAAGAGUAGUCCCUCUUUUCCCCCUCUUUUUAAACUCGUGUUAUGGUUACUUAAGAUGGCGCCUGUAAAUUAACCGGGUUGGAACGAA